AUGAAUGAUAAUAUUCAUUAUCACUCACCCCAACGAAACGUUAAUUAUCAACGACGAUCCGCUAGUGUUGGUGAAUCCUCACUUCCAAUGUGUCUAAAUGAUGAACUUGAAAUUUAUCGGGAGAAUCAAACUACAACCUAUAAUCCAAAUAUAAGACAAUCAGACGAAAAUGAUUAUAUUUGUGUUCCUUUACCACACAGUAACAAUCAAGCGACAGCAAAAACAUGCUGGCGUGCUCGUUCAGCAUUUGCUCCAUCACCAAAAUCUAAUUUUGGACCCAAAGGAACACUUAAAAAAGUACAAAAUAAUGAUCAACUUAUUGUUAUUCAAGAUCCAUCUAGCCAACGUCUACAUUGGAUUUCUCCACCAUAUAAUCUUCUUAUUAUUCGUAAACCAGGUCCACAAACAAUGCCAGAAUUUCGAGAAAUAAUUAUAAAACUACUUAAACGUCGUCUUAAUGUUUAUAUUGAAGUAUCCGAACAUAUGCAUCUACCAUUUGCAACUGAUUCUGAAUUAAAAGAACAUGCUGAACGAUGUCAUGCCUUCGAUCACGAGAAUGAUUUUUUCAAAAUUGAUUUAAUUAUUUGUAUGGGUGGCGAUGGUACACUUUUGCAUGUGUCAAAUAUAUUUCAAAAAAGUUGUCCACCUGUCUUAUCAUUUUCAAUGGGCUCACUUGGAUUUUUAACUCCAUUUGAUUUUAAACAUCAUGAAAAAAUUUUAAAUGAAGUCGUAUCAGGCAAUGUUGCUGUUUUAUUACGUUCGCGCUUAAAAUGUUCAAUUGUUAAAGGUUUAAAAAGACAAUCAUUAUCAUCAGCAUCACUUCGUUCGACAUCAUCUGAUGAUACAAUAAGUGAUGAUAAUAAUAAACAUGCAAAUAAAGAUGAUAAAAUAUCACAUUUAGCAUUAAAUGAAGUUGUUAUUGAUCGUGGACCAAAUUCAUAUUUAUCAAAUCUUGAUUUAUAUAUUAAUGAUCGAUUUAUUACAAAAGUACAAGGUGAUGGUUUGAUUGUUUCUACUCCUACUGGUUCUACAGCUUAUGCAAUGGCAGCCGGUGCAUCGAUGGUUCAUCCCAAUGUUCCUGCCAUGGUCAUAUGUCCUAUCUGCCCACAUUCUUUAUCAUUUCGACCAAUUGUUGUUCCAGCUGGUAUUGAAUUAAAAGUAAAAGUUUCAGAAGAAACUCGUCUUACGGCAUGGCUAUCAGUUGAUGGAAGAAAUCGACAUGAACUCCACCAUCAAGAUAGUGUACACAUAACAACAAGUGUUUAUCCAGUACCAUCAAUAUGUCGAUUUGAUCAAUUGGGUGAUUGGUUUGAAUCAUUAGCCGAUAUACUUCAUUGGAAUUUACGUAAAUCACAAGGACGUCUUGAUGGCCAUCAAUCUCCUCAACGUGAUAUUCAAUCACACAAAGAUCAAAGAAAAGAUUCUUCAUCUACAGAAACAGUUCAACCAUCAAGUUAA